AUGCCCAGUGUAAGGAUUUCUCCAAUACUUCACGAUUCGUGGUCACGUGAGUUGCAUCAACGUCACGGGACAAAUCGACUUCUUACCCCAACUCCACCCACUUUUGAAACUGCCAUGACCGAAGGAGCGGCAUCUAAGUUACUUCGGGUGGAAAGCGAUUACAUCAAGAAGGUGCUCGGGGAUCCACUGCAUAAUGGUCUGUGCUCGCUAAUCUUAUAUCAACCGCUGGAUCCCAUCGACUUCUUGAGCAAUUACCUACGUUACUGGGUGCAAUAUGUGCGAACAUACCGCAGGGAGAAGAUCGCGGAGAAGCAGAUUGAAUGGUUAUUCACCAUACAAAUCCCGUGGAACAUCAGCGUGAUUGCGGAGCAAGCGAAAAAGCUGGAACAGGAGGCCCUCGACGAUGCCAGAAGAAUAGCUGCCGAAGAGGCCAGAAAAGCUGCCCAAGAACGUAUUCGUAUUAAAGCCGCUACUGAUGUGGCCACGAAAAGGACUACCGACAAGAUUCGCAGUGAUACAUCUGCUAGCAUAGUGCAAGAUGUGGUGGAGAACUCAGUAGAUCUGGCGGUGAGGAAAGAGGAGGCUGCUGAACGGGCCAAAAUAUUGGCAGAGCAACGCGCAAGGCAAAGAGCACUGGAAGAGGAAGAACAAGCCGAAUUGAAAGAGGAAUCCGAAGACGCUGUGGAUGCAAACGAAGAGGAAGAAGAAGAGGGUUGAAAAUCGAUUUGAUUCCGUUGAUGUAGUACAUACAGUUAUCACUGUAGCGAA